CGAUCAAGCCCUGACGGUGGUAGCCAUCUUGAAAAAUGAGAAUGUGUAAUGUCUGCAUGUGGUAAUAGGUGGGGGACGUUUGUUAAUGUGUGGUGCAUUUCGAUCGUGAAAUCUGUCACAAAUGGUAAUUAUAAAAUAAAAAGGUUUAAUUGUGGCGGGGGCAUGAGGCGACCGUUCGAUCGUGAGUGAAGAACGGGUCUUGUGUCAACUGUAGAUACAGUUUCGAGAAUUCCCUUCCGCGGCUUCUUUUGUAUAUUGUAAUUAUAUCGUUUUAUAUAUGGAGUAUUGUUAUAACGAACAGUGGUGAUAAAAUAAAACAAAUAAUGAGUGUUUAAUAAUUUUGAAUUCUUAAGGAUUAUUAAAUUAGCGGGUGAAUUAUUUAUUUAUUCUGCUUUGAAGUAUCAUGGACAGACAUACAGAGUCCCGUAAUCCUGAAUGGCUGCCUACUUUCUAGGUUACUGACGGAUAAUCAUGUCUGUCUGUUAAAUCUGGCGUAAAGGCAGAAAUCAUAGCAUUGAAGGGCUGGAGGGUUUAAGGCAGUAAUCCUGGCUGGCCUAUAAUGUACAAUAAUACCAUGCGGAGCACAUUGCAAACUGUUCCAGAAUCUGUGCCCGCUGACCGCGUCACAAAUUCUAAAAACACGAAAAACUUGUUGGUAUGAUUAUCAACGUGAAAAAUUUGAUUUAAAAAAUUGUAAAGUUGAUAAUUUGAAGUGAACUUGAUAAGAAGUUAAAGACUUAACGCCAUGGCUGAUCGAGGUAGUCGUGUUGUUGAACUACGUAGUGUCGAACGUAAUGUUCAACCAUCUCAAGGUUUAGUUGGAUCAAGAAAAAAUUUUUUGAUAGUUGGAUCUCAAAAAAAUAAUGAGUUUGAACAGGAUGAUGUAAAAAAUACCGAAUCAUCAACAUUUGAUAAUCUCAAGCAGUGGGAAUUAAUUGAAGGUGAUCGAGGUCUUAGAGUUGUUGAAAAACGACCAACUUUAGAAUGUCCAUUACCACAGAGUUUUGACAAAUAUUCUAUACCUUCUUCGCCAUCAGUUUCUCAAAAAUUUCCAACAGAUAUUGAAGUUGAAAGAAGCUUUUGGAACGAAGAUAUCGUACAAAAAUUUAAAGCUUUUGAACGAUCUAGUAUUAUUAAAACUGUAUCACCUCCAAUCAAACCAAUGAACAAUAAAAGUAAUAAUGGUGAAACUAAUUGUGAGAAUCCAAUUAAAUUGGAUACUAUUUUAAAAACUGAAAAUUCACCUGCGAAUCAUAGUAUAGACAUGUUGGAUCAGCUGGAACGGCAGGUUAAAGCUAUUGAAAUGGGGACUAUUGCUGCUCGUACUAAAUUACGUGACAGUACAGAUUUGCAGCCUCAAAUUCAACUGCGUUAUCGUGAACAUGAAGAUUUAUUAAACAAUGUUACUGAUGAUGAAAUCGAUGGGGCAUCGCCACUACAACGAGGUGAGGCUAUGCGAAAUUCUACUGGGAAUGCAGCAAUCAAAAGACCAGCAGUUAAGUUAUCAAGAACAGCAUCAGAUACUAGACGUGGUCAGGAAACAGAAAUGCCUUUGAAAGUUCAAUCAAGAGCCCAGCAGUUAGCAAGGGUAGUAAGACCUGUAGUAGUUAAAAAAAGUGAUUCUCGUCACCGUCCUGAAGUUAGUGGAACCCUCAAACCUCUCACCGACAUCAUGCAGAAAACUAUUCAAGUUCAUCAGAAGACUGGAGAUGGCGUGGGAGUAUCGAGCAGUGGAGGUCGACUUUCCUCAAGGAGUCGAACCUCCGAAGAACCACACAUUGGCAAGUACAAAUUACUAAAAACAAUCGGUAAAGGUAAUUUUGCCAAAGUAAAACUUGCUAAACAUAUACCAACUGGAAAAGAAGUGGCUAUUAAGAUAAUCGAUAAAACUCAAUUGAACCCAGGCAGUCUUCAAAAGCUCUUUCGUGAAGUAAGGAUAAUGAAGAUGCUUGAUCAUCCAAAUAUAGUAAAGUUGUUUCAAGUUAUUGAAACAGAAAAAACAUUAUACUUAGUAAUGGAAUAUGCAAGUGGUGGUGAAGUAUUUGAUUACUUGGUAUUACAUGGAAGAAUGAAAGAAAAAGAAGCUAGAGCCAAGUUUAGGCAGAUAGUAUCUGCUGUGCAGUACUGUCACCAGAAGAAAAUAAUUCAUAGAGAUUUAAAAGCUGAAAAUCUUUUAUUAGACAGUGAAAUGAAUAUUAAAAUAGCUGAUUUUGGAUUCAGUAAUGAAUUUACACCAGGUAAUAAAUUGGAUACAUUUUGUGGUUCACCACCUUAUGCAGCACCUGAAUUAUUUCAAGGAAAAAAAUAUGAUGGUCCUGAAGUGGAUGUAUGGUCAUUAGGAGUUAUUCUCUAUACAUUAGUAUCUGGCUCACUGCCAUUCGAUGGUUCAACCUUACGAGAGUUAAGAGAAAGAGUAUUAAGAGGGAAAUACCGAAUUCCUUUUUAUAUGUCAACUGACUGUGAAAAUUUAUUAAAAAAAUUCUUGGUGCUCAAUCCGACGAAACGGGCCUCAUUAGAGGUACGUGGUGAUAAGAAUAUAAUGAAGGAUAAAUGGAUGAAUAUGGGCUAUGAAGAUGAUGAAUUGAAACCGUACUUAGAACCAGAACCCGAUUAUAAAGACCACAAGAGGAUAGGUGAGUCUGCCAAAGCCCUUGCUAUUAUGGGAUACUCAAGAACUGAAAUUGAAGACUCAUUGGGACAAGCUAAAUAUGAUGAUGUAUUUGCCACUUACCUUUUACUUGGACGUAAAACUACUGAUCCUGAGAGUGAUGGCUCGCGGUCAGGUAGCUCAUUAUCACUGCGUAACAUUCCGCCACAAGCUAGUUCAGGUGCAGGAGGCGGUAGUGGAGGAAGUACUGGUGGUACAGUUCAAAGCCCUUCGCAUAGAGGUGUUCAUCGUAGCAUUUCUGCAAGUAAUGCUAAACCCAGUAGACGUGCAUCUGCUGGUGUAGAAACUCUUCGUGGAGUACCAAGUCCAGGUAAUGCAACGAACCAUAACCAUGCUUCAACUGUCACUGGUGGAACAGUAACUGCUAGUGGUGGUAGUAAUUUUAAACGUCAGAACACCGUUGAUGCAGCGACUAUUAAAGAAAACAGUGCACGUGUUUCAUCGACACGAACAUCAGCACCUAAAAAUAAUCCAGGGCAGCUUGAUACCAUGACAAUGUUUAUUCUAGGCGUCGGUACGAGUCCUGGUGGUAAAGGAAGAGUUGGAAAGAGUAAUACUAUAAAUGCAGGGGUAGGUGGUGUACGACCUCUUACCUCCCCUGCUCCAGGCUCCGUUGGUCGACGCAGUACUAUCUCUUAUGAUCAAGCUAAAACGUCCUCUUCAUCUACCGAAAGAACUAAUGACGUACCUAGCUUAACCGAGGGCCCUAGGCCAACGCGAGGUCAUAUCAAGUCUGCCAGCAUCAGUGCAAGUCACAGAUCUACGAGUGGUGUAGCUCCCAGCGAUCAAUCGCUACUGGAUACUCAACCACGGAAUGUUCACAACUCCUUACUCACAACGACUGACCCUCUUAGGCAGAGCAUGGGAGUAUCUCCGAGUAGCAGAUUGGCAACACCCACGACACCGGCAUUUCCACGAAAUGUACCAAGUCGCAGUACGUUCCAUUCUGGCCAAAAUCGAGCGCAGAGAAAUCAUACUCAGGGACAUACUCAUACACAGGAUACAAGUGCGAUAAGUCCACUGGCAAGACCAUCAUUCUUUUCGAAAUUGUCGUCAAGGUUCUCUAAACGCGCCAUGGACCAAACCGCACCCCCGAAGCAUCCAGUUGUAAGUGGAGCAACGACUAAUGAUGAACAAGUUAAACCACGUAGCUUACGUUUUACUUGGAGUAUGAGGACUACAAGUAGUCGAGAUCCGAAUGAUAUUAUGGAGGAAAUACGUAAGGUACUGGAUGCGAAUAAAUGUCAAUAUGAACAGCGAGAACGGUUUCUUUUGUUAUGUGCACAUGGAGAUGCAGCAACAGAUAGUCAAGUUCAAUGGGAAAUAGAGGUUUGCAAAUUACCUCGGCUUUCAUUGAAUGGUGUACGAUUUAAGCGAAUACUGGGUACAUCAAUAGGAUUUAAAAAUAUUGCCAGUAAAAUAGCUAAUGAACUCAAGCUGUGACUGCCGGCUGCGGGUGGUUUAACAACUAAUGUUAAUCCAUAACCCUUUCGUGAAUUAAAUUAUUCAUUGACAGAUGACAAGGAUUUAUCAUAUUACUAUUAUGCCUGGAAUUCAGACUCAGACUCUGAUGAUUCAGAUACACGAGAAGUAUUUGUUUAAUUGUCUUUUAAUCCUGUAACAAUUAACUAAAAAUGUCUUUAAAAAAAAAAAAAAAAAAAAGAAAAUCGCGUAAUAAUUAUCAUGAUUGAAAGAUGUUAAUGGAAUUAAUGAAUAGUUGAAAUCAAUAUGAUUUAAAGAUCUAACUCUAAUAAUGGACGAUUGUCUUUUCGUAAUCAUUCAUUUCCCUUCCAUCUUUCCCGUGUGCCAAACAAUAAGGCCCGGUUUUUAACUUUUUUUUUCAUGGGAUCAAAAUAAAUUAUUAUUAUUAUUAUUUUAAUUUUUAUUAUUAUUACUAUUUACGUAAUAAUUAAAUCAAUUAUUCUACGAUAAUUUCUACAUCAUAACAUGAAACUAAACUUAAUGGUCGUGAUAUACAAAUUUUUUCCUCUAUCUCAUAACUCAUAACUACGUUAUGAAACGAUUCAAUAAAUUAAUUUUAAUCGAACAAUUUAAAAAUAAAAAAACGUCAUGGGUUUUUUCGUAGUUGAUUUUCAUCUAUCAAAUUCAUGAUUCCCACAGGAAACCCUUGGGAUAAUUAUUGUACCUGUUAAUGAUCUAAUAAAAUGCAUAAAAAACGUCUAGAGUGUCGAAAUACAAUAAUGCUAUAAUUACAACAUUAUCUAUAUAAAGAAAAAACAAAAAAAAAAAAAAAUAAAUAAAAAAAAGAAACCAAAAUCUGCCACCAAUCUUAAUUUUCAAAGAAACUUCUCAGAACAAUUAUAAAUAUAUUUACAAUGUGGCAUAAAUGUUUUCAUUGUGGACGUCCAUUUUAAAAGUCAAGAGUGCAAAAUUUUUUUUUUUAUAGAUAAAAACGAUUUGAUAUUUUCUUGAAUUAAAUUAAUUUUUUUUAAUUGUAUUUUAUUGCAUAAAGUUGAUUAGAAAAAAUAGUUGAUUAGUUGAAUGAAUAGAAACUGGAAUCGCUGCUGGCUGAGUAAAAAAAAGAAGAAAAAUAACUGUUCGAUCAGUCUUACGUCUAUUUGAUUGUAAGUUUAUAUCAAUUAAUUAAUGACAACUUUUUUUUUUAAUAUACGUAAUUGAUGAAUGUGAAUAAUUAGAUAAUGAAGCAUCUGUAAAUGCUUCAAUACAAAAAUAUUGAGCCGACUCAGUAAAAAAUAGUAACAUAAAAUGAUAAUAUUAACUAUAAUAAUGAUUAAUGAUUAUUGCUAAUACUCGUAUCUAUUGUGAAUAAUAAUGAACUAUAUACAUAUAUAGUUUCGUGAAAUAAUUCAAUUACAGAUUUUAAAAAAGUAAUAUCGUAAUGAUAAGAUCUGGUACAUCUAAUUGAAAUAAAAUUACUAUAACAAGAAUAAUAUUAGGUUUAGAAAUUGGCUAUUUUAUGCUUAAAUUUUUUUUAUUACCAAGUAAUUUACGGUUCGAUAAAUCAAAUAAAUUAAUGAAAAUGAUUUUUGUGAAAGCGUUUGAAUCGUGCUAAAUAAAAAUUAUAAUUUGUAUAUUGUAAUAUCAAAAGGUACUAAAUUAUAAAAGUCUCUGUGCAUCUCACUUAAAAAUAAUAGUACAUCAGUUAUUAUUAAAUAAUUCAUUACGGGAUGUGUUUUGUAUUCGCCUACUGAUUAAUUUAAAAUAACUUGCACAAUGAAAAAAAUAUAUCAAAUACUUGAAGCGAAAAUAAUUUAUUGGCAAUGUUUAUAUUCAUUUUUUAAUAUUUGUACAUCAUACUAACGAAUUGAAAAAAACUGUAUGUCGUACGAUAUUCAUAAAUGACUGAUAGAAAUCGACAACAGUUUUAAUAUAUCAUAAUUAUAUAAAACGUAAAAAAAAAAUAUAUAAUACCAAAAAAUCAAAAUUAAUUUCAUGGUAGACGUUGAUAAAACAAGUGACGAUGGCAACGGGACUUAUUAUUUUUUUUUUUUAACAAAUCUGUACAGUAUCAUCAUAGUUUUUUUUCAUUAUUUUUCAUUUUCAUUAAAUGUAAUAUAAUAUGAUUAUCGCGUCAUAUUUCAAUUGAGCUAAGUUAAUAAGAAAAAAAUAUAAAUAAUUAAAAUUAAUUAAACACAUUAAAGAUCAUCAAUGCAAUCGUCAAUAUAUAUAUCAGGAUGCUCCGUUUGAAACGAACAUUUUUUUCUUCUUCGUUUCCCAUUGAAAAUCGUCUUCUACAUGCUAAAAUAAAAAUUUAGUCUAAUUUUAAGCUCUUAAUAUCAAUUCUAAGAACUGGAGCAACGUCGUUGAAGUUUCUACAUGCUCAAAGCAUAUAAAUCUCGAUUUUUAGGUAAAUUUUUCAAAAAUCUAGCUAUUAUAUUUGUCCUUAUGGUCGAUUUUUCAAGGAAAUUUGUCAUACCCUCACGGUUUUGAGAUUGCCGUAAAAACGCCGUAAAUAUUCAGCAUUUAUGCGCAUGCCGUAAAUUUACCGGUAUAAUUUGGUAUUAUCAUGGUUAGAGUGGCCAGUUUUUUUUACUGUAGUUAUGCAGUAUAUUUACUGUACUUGAACUGUAGAGUUACCAGAAUACUACAACUACAGUAAAAUUACUAUAGAAAUGCCGAACUUUUACCGAAAAAUGCUAUAUAAAAACCGUAAUAAUACGAUAAUUUUAUAAUAAUAAAAUCGUAUUUUUUUGGUAAUAAUACCGUAUAUAUCCUGCGAUUUUGCCAAAUUUAUGCUGAUAUGAUGAAAAAUUGUAAAAAAUUUGGUUUCAUUUUUUGUUCGCUUCUGCAUUUAAAAUCAUCGAAAAUGUGCAAAAUGUAAAAUUUUUUUUAUUUUAUUCUAUUAGUUCACACAUUUCUUAUUCAAACAAAAUAAUGUAAGUGAAGAAAUUUACAGCGAUCAUAAAGCACCCUCAGCGCUUUCGUGCUUGAGGUGUGCAAUAACUAUCCGGGAAAAUUGAUAGUUUUAAUUUUUUUAAGUUUGUUUGUAUCCAGAUAAAUACAAUUAGUAUCAACCUUCAAGUAAGCGAUUUGGCAUAAUGGUUAACAGAUCAGACUUUGAAUAAUUAGGACUCGGAAUCGAUCCCACGAGUUGACGGGUUUUUUUUUUCAUGAAAGUUAUUGUAUAUACAUGGUAGCCACAUUUCUGGAAAACCUGGAAAUAUCAGGGAAUUAUAAAUAUACUGGAAAAGUCAGGGAAUUUUGUCACAAAGCCGAAAAAAUUUUCACUUUCUUUCUUUUGACUUGAAAAAUCCGACAAAUUUAGUUUUCUGUCUAAACUGUUCAAAAAGUAACGAGGCGUGAAUGCGGUUGUAAAACCAUGUUGAAAAAAAAUUAGUAGAAAUUGAUUCCAAUAGCGAAAAAAUGAAGCAGUUAAAAUUAUCAAGGCUGUUAGAAAAAAAUUGUCAACGAGGAAGAACCGUCAGUAAAGCACCCCUAGCGCUUUCGCGUUUGAGGUGUGCAAAAAGUCUUAGUAGAAACCAAUCGCCAGGAUCUUCAAGCUCUUAACAUCCAUAUGGACAAGUUAAAAAGCUAAAAACAUUAAAUAUAUACAUUAGGGUGCUUCGUUUGAGAUGACUAAUUUUUUUUUAAGUCCCAUGUCAAAAUAUUUUUUUUCAUACUGAAAAAAAAAUUUUCACCAAAGAUGAGCUCUUAUUUUUAAUUUUCAGUACUCGCUAAAUGAAUUUGAAAUUUUCCCAUGUAAUUAACACGAAAAUUUUAAUUUUUUUAUUUCAAUUAUCUACAGCAUCGCGGCAUUUCAAGAUAUUUAAUUGAUCAUAGGUGGAAAUUACAGAGGAAUAUUUCCUCUUUAAAAGUGCUUGUAGCUAAUUUAUGUUCUGUAACCGGCCUCACCGAUAAAAAACCUUAAAGCCAAUUUUUUUUUCGAAUUUCAUGGUUUUUGUUAUUUUACUCGCAAACCACUAACUUUACGACAAAAAUGUACGUGACUUUUUUUUUUUAGAGAAUUUGAUUUCCAGCAAAAGAAGUUAUGUAAGCCAUUACCGUAGAACUAGUAGAUUUCGGAAUAAAUCCAAUUAAACAUCUCAAAAUUUAAAAAAUCGCAGUUUUAUCCAAGAUUUUAGUACUUUUUAUAAAAUUAGGACCGAAGAAAUAUGUAAUAUAUCCUGGUUAAUAUAUCAUUAAAAAUACAUCAUGUUUAAUUGGCUUUCUCUCGAAACCUAGUAGCUCUACGGUAAUGGCUUAAAUGACUUCUUUUGUAGGUAAUCAAAUUUUCUACAAAAAUGUCAUGUACAGUUUUGUCGUAAAGUUAACGGUUUGCGAGUAAAAUAAAAACCAUGAAAUUCGAGAAAAAAUUGGCUUUAAGAUUUUUUACCGGUGAGGCCAGUGACAAAAUAUAAAUUAGCUACAAGCACUUUUAAAGAGGAAAGAUUCCUUUUUGAUUUCCAUCUAUGGCCGAUUAUAUAUCUUUAAAGACCGUGAAGCUAUAGAUAAAUGAAAAAAAAAAAAUUUUAAUUUAUGUGUUAAUUAAAUGGGAAAAUUUCAAAUUCAUUUAGCGAGUACUUAAAAUUAAAAUUAAGAGCUCAUCUCAAAAAUGAUAUUUUGACAUGGGACUUAGAAAAAAAAAAUAGUCAUCUCAAACGAAGCACCCUAGUAUACAUAAGUAAUGAACCAAUGAGUUUCACUAUAUUUAUUAUUUGCAAACUUCAUUAAUACUUUAUUAAUAUUCUAUGAAAUAUUCUUAUUUAUGAAAUUUAUUCUAGUAAAAAAGGAAAAAUUAUUCAUUUAAUAAAUAAAAAAAAAAAAAUGAACAUUGACAAAUAAUAAAAAAAAGUUUCAUUUAACGACAAUGAUUAAUUACACCGGCACACAAAAAAAAAAAAGUUCUCUGUACUUUUGACGGGACCGAUUUAUUCCCAUGUAUUUUGACCCGCUGAAUCCGAAUUCAAGGUCCGUUUAACCCGUAUACCCUCAGAUUUUCAGAAAACUUUAAAAAACCUCAAAAAUACACAAAAAUCGACCGUUUUUUUAAAUUUAUAAAUUUUUUUAACCCUAACUAAGCAUGAUUUUUAUGUAUUUCGGUCCUCCCCAUACUAACCUGAAGUUUAUUUGAAACAUUAGCCAUUUAAAGUCUGAGUAAAUUCCAAAAAACCCCAAAAAAUUGCAAAAAAGCAAAAAAAUUCUUGGUAUUGUGAUGAAAAAAAUAUUUUGAAGCAUAUUAAAAUUUUUUUAUGUUUUAGGCCAAAAUAUUUUAUAUAUAUAUAUCACAGAUCGAACAAUAUGAUUUCUUUUAUUUAUUUCGAUUUAAAAAUUGAUUUUUGUUAUACCAAAUUUUAUUUUUUUCGAUUUUUUGGGAAUUUUUGCCAUUUAUUUAAAAUCUUAGAGAUGUCUGAGCUAUGGAUGUUCGAGAAUUAUAUGUGACAGAUAAACAUACAUGAAAAUAAUUAUUUAUUUAGCCCUAUAAAAUUUUUUUCAUCACAAUACUAAGAAUUUUUUUGCUUUUUUGUAAUUUUUUGGGGUUUUUUGGAAUUUACUCAGACUUUAAAUGGCUAAUGUUUUAAAUAAACUUCAGGUUAGUAUGGGGAGGACCGAAAUACAUAAAAAUCAUGCUUAGUUAGGGUUAAAAAAAUUUAUAAAUUUAAAAAACGGUCGAUUUUUGUGUAUUUUUGAGGUUUUUUAAAGUUUUCUAAAAAUCUGAGGGUGUUCGGGUUAAACGGACCUCGGAUUCGGAUUCACCGGGUCAAAAUACAUGGGAAUAAAUCGGUCCCGUCAAAAGUACAGAGAACUUUUUUUUUUUUGUGUGCCGGUGUUAUUGAUUAAACUGACUUAUACCAUUUUAUUUUAAAUUAAAUAAAUAUUUCCAAUGAUUUAAUAUUACUACACAUAGUCAGGGAAUUUUUGAAUUGUUUGACUGGAAUACCUGGAAAAGUCAGGGAAUUUCGAUCUCAAAAAUCUGUGGCCACCAUGAUAUAUAACUUUAUAAAGUUAUAUAUAAUUAUAUAUAACUAAAUAAAGUUAUAUAUAAUUAUAUAUAACUAAAUAAAAUUUUAUAUAAUUAUAUAUAAAUUUUUUUCCGGGUAGAACGGUUUGAUGCUCCAAAAGUGCCGAAAAUAUACGAUAAAUAUGCUGUAAAAUUACGGUUUUAAUGCUUUUAAAAUACCGCAUUUUUUCUGUUUUAUUACCGUAAAUAUUCUGAAUUUAUUUCGUAAAUUUUUGGGAAUAAUGCGGCAAAAAAAUUGGCCUAAAUAACUUGAGUAACAUCAUAUUUAUGAAGUACUAAUACCGUAUAAUUCCAGUAUUAUUUCGGUAUUUUCAAAACCGCGAGGGUAACCUAUCAUAAUUUGCCGAGUAGGUUCUAAAAAUACCGCUCGUUAAAAAAUGUAUGUACAUAUAACCAGCAUUAUCAUUACGAUAGCACCUACAAUUUUUAUCGGAUCCUGAUAAAAUUUUCCACACUUAUUUUAUGGGCGAUAAUUUGAUCAAGUUCGAAGAUGGGCUAAAUCGGUCAAUUAGUUCAGAAGUUAUGGCUGUUUGAAAUUUUUACGAUUUUUCACAAAAAUCAGUUUUUCACUGUAAAAGUUCAUAUAACUUUAAAACUAAAAGUUAUGGACAAUUUCGGUGAGAAGUAUCUUGGAGCUUGUUUAAUAAGCUUUAAUUUUUUACCUUAAACUUUAUGUUUCGACUAUUUUUUCUGAUAAUUUGAUAGUCUCAAAAGUUUGAACAAAAUCAAUAAAAUUACUGAAUAUGAUUUUAAUGGCUGAUAACUUAUGCAGUGCACAUUAUCUCAUUCUGUUAGCUUUAUUUUGUAGCUAAUUAAAUCAUUUUUUAAUCUCACUGCUACAUCAUUGUUUGAAAGUAUACAUUUCAUUAAUUAUGAAUUUACAGAAUUUACAAAAUUCUUAGAACGUCUUUAGAAAAAUCUACCUUCCAUUCUGGCUGCCAGAUUUAAUUAAAUUUAAGUAAAAGACUAAAUUUCAUACAAAAAAUGUUGUAUACUUUUGUUCCUAAAAGUCAACCGUUUACAAGUUAAAAACAAAAAAUCACCAAUUUCAUAGGAAAGUAGACUUUAAAGGCUUUCAUGCAGACUGUAGUUGAAGAUACUGCUAAGAACAUACGGGCUUUUUCAAAGAGCAGACAGUUCUCUUCAAAUAAAACUUUGAACUAAUAAGAUACGUUAAUAUGGGGCUGAGUUUAAUUCAAUAAAGAGAAAAAAAUCGAGAUUGAUAUGCUUUUAGCAUGGAAAAGCAUCAACGCCGUUGUUCCAGUGCCUAGAAUUGAUAUUAAGACCUCAAAAAUGGAUUGAAAUUUUAUUUCAGCAUGUAGAAGAUGAUUUUUAAUGGGUAACGAAGAAAAAAACAUGUUCGUUUCAAACGGAGCACCCUAAUAUAUAUAAAAAUUAUAAGUAACAUAAAAAUCCUGUUAGUAGUAAUGACAAGUAAUUCCUUCAUAUAUUGAAUAUGUAUCUAUAAUCAAUAAAGAUACAAUGAUUCACGCUGCGUUUGCUUGCUUCAAUAAAUGUAAAAACUCGUUAUUAAUAUUUAUAAAAUGAUACGUUUAAUAAAAUAAGAAUAUUAUUUUAGGAUUAAAAAAAAAAUACAAAAAAAGUUAUAAACUAAAAUAAUAAUAAAAAAAAAGUAUAUGUUGGUUGAACUGACAUGAAUGAUUAAAAUUAAAAUUAAUUUAUUAACACUUUCACGAGCUCUUACAGAGAUAACUUAAAAGAUAUAUAAAAGCAACUCUCUCCGACAGUGAACGUGUUAAAAAAGUUUUGAAAAUAAGUAUAUAUUCUUGUUUGUAAGUAAAUGUUUAUGACCAAAAUUUAGAAAAACGGAUUAGUGAUGCUUAUGCAGUCAUCGAUUAAUAAUGCGAAAUGCGUGUUAUUUCAUUGAACAAAAUACAUACACACAUCACACAUUUAUUCUUUUGUAGAUAGACGAAAAAGCUUUGUUAAGGGUUUUCUUGGUUUUCGGUAUCUACCCAAAUGUAGUAAAAAGAAAAAAAAUAUUUAUAAUAAAAUUGUAAAAUGAA